AUGGCGGCCGCGGCUGUUGAUGUCGGCUAUCUCGCCGGACAUCUGGGCAUCGACCAGCCAAUCCUCACGAGCUUGACCAGCGAGCCGACUGUGGACCUGGUCGCGAUUCUGCUUCAGGCGAUAACAAACAAGGCACACGAAUUUGAUACCCUCUACGCUGAAAAGCUCCAGACCGACAUCGAGCUCGAGAAUGCAGUUCGAAGUGCCGAAUCGAGAUCACAAGCAUCCAAAACAACCGCCGAUCAGGCUUUGAAGGAUGUGCAACAAGCUAGGCAGAAAGUCCAAGAAGAGGAAACGAAGCGGCAAGCCGUCGAGAACGAGCUACAAGUCUUGAAGUCAAGGAGCUCUGACCACGACGCGGAUGUCAAGGCACUAAACGACAAGAUUGAAACGCUUCAAUCCUCCAACCGUGCCAACCUAGCCAUCAUCGAGGCUAGCAACAAACGAGACUCGACCCUUACGGAAGAGCUGACGAACCAGCACCAGCGAAAUGUCGAACUGUCGCGGGAAAUCACUUCGCUGCACCAAUCGGAGCAAAAUGCCCGGGGCCAACUCAGUAGUGCCAAAUACCGCGAAGAAUCCUUACAACAGCAGCUUGAUCACUCUCACCGCACCACAGAAUGGCUGGAGAAUGAGCUGAAGACUAAGAGCGAAGAGGCUCUAAAGUACCGUAAAGAAAAGGGCGCUCGCAUUGCCGAGCUCCAGCGCCAGGGCGAGGAUGCCCUCUCGCAGGUUGAAUCUCUGAAGCGAAGUGAGAAACAGCUGCGCGAUCGUCUCACGACCCUGCAGACCAAGGUUGAUGACACGCUGGUCAGGAUUCAGAAGCAAGAAGAGUCCUUCGCAGCGACCGUCGACAGCUACAAAUCUGAGCUGGAGGAUCAACGCCGAUUAGUCGACAUGUCGGAACAGCUCAGUCAGAAGCAUCAGGAUCGUGUGCGUGAGCUUGAUGCCGAAAAGGAGCGCCUCAAAGAUAAUUACGAAAACGAGUUGCGCCGCGUACGCACCGAGCUUGAGCAAGAGAAGCAAGUCGGGGCUGAUCUCGAAACCCGCAUCCGCCAACUCGAAGGCGAGCUCGACGAAGCCCAAGUCCGUCUGGAGCAUGCACCCCCUCCCGGAUCUGCCCCUCAGACACCACGCGCGAAUGGUGGCGCGUUUGCUCGUGCGGUAUCGCCAUUUGCAACGCCCGGAUCAGUUCGCAACAAGACCACCAUCACCGCCACUCAGGCCAUUGAUCAGCUCUUCCAGGCCAAGGGCCAGCUCGCUAGUGAACGACGCCGAACCCUGCAAUUGACUGAGGAGCUUGACGGUAUGAUCGCAGCUCUGGAAGCCAAGGCUCCUGAAAUCCAAGAGCUUCAGUCAGAGUCCGAAAUGCUACGAAACGAGCUCGCUCGCAUGUCUGAGCUAUCGCAGCAGAGUUUUGAAGAGCGUGACGCCGCCAGAAAGGGUGCCAGAAAGGCCGAGGGCUUGCUGAACAACUCUCAGUCCGAAAACAAGAUUCUUCGCUCUCAACUUCGCGACCUCGGUACACAAAUUCAAAUGCUGGUGUUUAACGCUUAUGCUCUCGAGAAGGGCGUGGGUCAGCUUAGCGAUGACGAGGUUUUCCGACUUAAGCAGCUUGAGAAGGGCGAAGUGACUGAGGAAGCGUUGGCCGACAUGUCUGACACGCACCAGUUCAUCACGCAGAAGCUGGUUGUCUUCAAGGACAUUCAAUCCUUGCAAGUCAAGAAUCAAGAGUUGCUACGUAUCACUCGCGAACUAGCUGAGCAGAUUGAGAGUGAGGAGGCGCUAGCGGCCAAGCACCAAGCGAAGGAGGACCAUGACAAGGUCGAGAAGCUUGAACAGGAGCUCAUCCACAUGACCGAAGAAUCUAAGUCGAUAAAGACGACUUUGGAAAGCUACAAGGCCGAGCGAGACAUGUUCCGUCGCCUGCUUCAACAAAGAACUUCCGGUGGAGACGAAGCGUCCAUGAUGCGCAGCUCCCUAGAUGGCCGGUUGCCUCUUGCCAGUAUAGAAUCUGGAGAGCAGACCGAGGCCCUCAGCGAAGCCCUUCGAAAGCUUCAGGCCGAGUACGAUAGCUUCCGCGAGGCUCAGGAUGGUGUGCGCAAGGACCUUCGCAACCAGGUCGAUGCACUUUCCGCCGAGCGCAACAACUUGCAGACUGAGCGAAUCAAAUUGCAAGGUGAAGCCCGCCUGGAGUCUGAGCGUCGAGAGAUGCUCCAGGGCAACUAUGCAGCCCUCCAGACCGAAAACCAGGAACUGCAAAAGCGUAGUCGAGUCCUUUCAGAAACAGCGGCUAAGCAGGAUAUUCGCACACAACAGGUAGCAGAGGAACUGAUUGACGCCAAGGGUCUUCUUGACAGUGUGCGCAACGAAGCGGCCAAUCUCAAGGCCGAGAAGAAGCUCUGGAAGGAUAUUCAAGAUCGCAUGAGCAAGGACAACGAACUUCUUAUUGAGGAGAAGAAUAGACUCGGAAACUUGCUCGCAACUCAGCAGUCCUUGGAGAACGAACGCAACAUCUCGGAAUCAGAGUCGCGUAGGAAAGCGCAGGCCAAGAUCGAGCAGCAGGAGCAGGAGCUUAGCGAUGCUCACCGGAAGCUUUCACAAGCUGCUGAAGACAGCAAAAAUCUCCAGCAGCGCAAAGAAUACGAAGCUCGCGAGGCUCAAAAGCGCAUCGAUGAGCUCAUGACUAGUCUCGGCCAAAUUCGCGAAGAACACAUUGGUGUUAAGACCACCAAGGACCACUUGCAGGCUCGUGUGAAUGAGCUCACUGUUGAAUUGCGCAACGCGGAAGAGCGUGCCGGUCGCCUAGCGCCUCGCCCAACACCCAGGCCUGGCGCUGCAGAAUCGUCGGAGUAUCAGCAAGAGCUGGAAGCGCAGGCUCAAUCGCUCACUAAUGAUGUUGCGGAACUGCGUCGUGAUCUUGCGCUUGCUAACACUCAGCUGGAGAAUGCCAAAACGCAGGCUGAACAGUACCGCGAAUUGUGCCAGAGCAACGAAGAUGCCCUGGAAGAUUUGCGCGCCUCCCAAGAUCAGUACAGGAUUGAAAUGGAGUCACUAAUCGCAGAGAAGGAAGCCAAGGUUAAAGAACUCGGACAACGCGUCGACGACAUGUCUAGUGAACUGUCGCGAUCCAAUUCUGAGCUUUCUUCCUUGCGCGACGCACAGGGCGAAGUGGCUCGGAAAUACGAGGAUGAGAAAGCGAUCCUCGAUGAAGAAAUCUCUCGCCUGAAGGAGGACAGCGCCAGACAUCUUGAAGCCGCGCGCUUCCAUCAGCAGGAUCUUCGUGCGCAGGCAGAGAUAGCCACACGCGCCCAGCAAGACUACGAGCAAGAACUUGUAAAGCACGCCGAUGCUGCAAAGCUUGUCCAACAGCUGCGCAAUGACUACAACGAGCUCAAGAGCGAGGCGGCGACACUGCGUGCUGAAGCUGAUUCGGCCAAGGUCACCCUUGCGCAGAGUGAAUCUUCUUGGGAUGAUAGACGGCUCCAGCUCGAGCAAGAGAUGACCGAGCUUAAGUCCAGGCGCGAAGAUGUCAACGCGCAGAACAAACUUCUGCAUCAGCAAUUGGAGGGUCUGACGACACAGGUUAACACGUUGCAGCAGAGUCGCGGAGGAAAUGGCCAAGAAGACGACGCUGUUGUUGCCGGCGCAACGGAUGCCAUGGAAGGCCUUAGAGAGCUGAACAGCUAUCUCCGUCGGGAGAAGGAGAUUCUUGAGGUACAAUAUGAUCUGAAGACGCAGGAAUCGAAGCGUCUGCACCAGCAGGUUGAGUACAUACAGAGCCAACUUGAUGAAACACGCCUGAAGCUAGAUCAAGAACGCUCGCAGGCUACUCAAGGUGAUAGAUCCUCUAUGACGCAUCAGAGUCUCAUGGAGAAGCUUAACGAGUUGAACCUCUAUCGCGAGAGCAGCAUGGCCCUUCGGAGCGAAAACACUCACCUCAAGGACCAGAUUUCUGAACGCAACAACAAGAUUCAAGAGUUGGAGGCCAAGACUCAGCCCCUUGAAUCUACAAUCGACAAUUUGAAUACGCAGAAAUCCUUCCUCGAGGACGAAAUCAAGCAGAUCCAGGAAGACCGUGAUAGGUGGCAGAAGCGCACCGAGGGCAUUUUGACCAAGUACGGUCGCGUUGACCCUGCUGAGAUGGAACAAUUGAAGAAGACCAUCGCUGAUCUGCAAACGGAGUGCAAUAGCCUGAAGGAAGGUUCAGAGCCGCUCAAAGCCAAGGUAACCGAAUUGGAAGCUGCCCUUGAAGCAGAGCGAGUUAAUUGGCAAACUACGCGUUCCAAGAUUGCCGAGCAGUUUAAGGAAAGAUCCAAGAGGAUUAGCGGCGAGAAGAACGAUGCUGUCCAGCGAGCUAAAACUCUCCAAGAGGAGCUCAGCGCUGUCACAGCAGAUCUGGAGGCGGCCAAGCAGCAAACCGAAGACGGGAAGAUCCAGCAGACCGCACUCGAGAAGCAACUGGAAGAAUCCCGACAACAGUUGGAGCAACUCCGACAACAGUCGCAAGCCGACGGCAGACAAGGCGGAACUGCAUCGGCUGAGGUGGGUGGCGAUGCUUCUGCUUCUGCCGAAGUGGUGGCGAAGCUUGAGAAAAGUGUUGCCAGCGUUCAAAAGGAGCUGGACUCAGUCAACGUCCAGAAGGCCAGUGCUGAGCAGAAGCUUGGCGAACUUCGUUCUGAGCUGCAGACUGCAGUUUCUGAAAGAGACGCCGCUCGUCAGAAGCUGGAACAGGGUGCCGAGGCAACUGGAAACUCAGUAAAGCCUGCGCCUACGGCAACAGGCUUGCCAGAUGAGGAACGAGAGAUGUUGCAGGCCAAGAUUACGGCUGCAGAGGCGAAGGCUUCUGAGCACGAAGCCAAGGCCAAUGAGAUCGAGGCGACAAUGCAACAAACUAUCCGAGAACGCUCCGAUAGGAUGAAGGACACCCUCAACAAUAAGUUGAAGGACUUCCGCUCCAAGCUGGAGGCGGAGUUUAAGAAGAAGGACGAGGAUCUUCAACUUCGCUUUGAGCAGGAGAAACUCAUCUGGCAGGCUGAGAACAGCAAGUCACCCGGUGACUCUAAGGCCGGUGGAGAGCCGCCUGCGACCCCUGCCAAGGCUGGGACUUCUUCUGUGCCAGCCACCCCGGGGACUUCGGAUCUUGCGCAACUUGACGAUGCAGGCAUUCGCCAGUUCCUGUCUAACAAUGUCACGGCUAAGAACAUCAUCUCUUCGAACAUUAGAAAGCGCGUCGAGACCGAGAACGCGAAACUCAAAUCUGAGUUCGAAAGCAAGAUGAAGGCAGAGGUUGACGCCAAGAUUGCAGCCGCACGUGAGCAAGCUCAGCUCAUGGAAUCUAAGAAAUCGACCUUGCGCAUCAACAUGACUGAGAACAAACUCCGUGCCGCAAAUGCUAAGAUUGGAGUUGUCGAGGCGGCGGCUAAUGAGACGCCGCAGAAGCCAGUCGUUGAAGUUUGGGAAAUUGCCAAGAGCACGCAGCCUCCCCCGGCACCAGCGGCCAACAACGCAACGCCCAAGGGUACCAGCACUCCGGUGAAGCCUACAAUUCCAGCAAAGCCAACAGCCACAUCGUCAACCCCCGCAACACCCACAGGAAGCGCCUCAGCACCUGCGGCCAACCCCUUUGCGGCGUCUACCACCAGCAAUGCAGCAGCGACCGUUCCGGCGAACCCAUUCGCUGUGAAGACACAAGGCGACAAAGGCCCCGCAGCAGCCCCGGUGGCCACCCCGGCCACAGCCGGUACAACGGCCCCGAGCAGCAUUCCACAGCCACAGCAGAACCAGGCCCCUCGGGGGUCGGCUAUUCCCAUGCUACGUGGCGGUGGUCGCGGACGCGGGGGGCCAUAUGUCCAUCCUGGUCAGCGUCAUGCCAGUGGCAACCAAGACGGUGGCCUGCAAACGGGAGCAGGUAGGGGUGGACGUGGCGGCGCUCGUGGUGGGCGCGGCAACCUGAAUCCUGGCGCCUCAGACUUCCAGCCCGGAGCAAAGCGUCCAAGGGGGGAUUCGGAAGCCGGGGCCGGUGCCAAGCGAGCCAGAGGUGGCGGCCCCCAUUAG